AUGCCGCACAAUCACAACAGCAAUAAUAAUAAGCUGCGGCAGAUACUGCCCUGCCAUCAUCCAUCUCAGAGUAAUAAUAACAACAACAGCAUUGCAGUGGCAGCAGCAGCAGCCCCACCUCUCAAGAUUCCUCGUCUCUCUUCAGACUACCCUGCCACCGGUUUGGAGGGGAUGUUGAUGUGGAACAUGGACCCAGCAGCUGUUGCGGCCCAUGGGUCGGCGACGACUGCUGGUAAUCAGAAUCUGCCUUCAGUGGGGCUGGGCCUGGGCCUUACAACCGGCGGCGGUGCUGGCGACGAUCGGCAGCAGCAGGGAGAAGAGGAGGCGGUGGGGAAAUCAAUGGUCCAUGGGUUUACACUGCCGCAGCUGCAAGAGCUGCAGCUGCAAUCAGUGAUAUACAGGUAUAUAGAGGCCGGAGCCAGAGUCCCUCCCAGCCUCCUUGUCCCUAUCUGGAGGAGCCUCGCCGCCGUCCCUCUCCACCGCCGCCACCACCACCACCCUACCUUGCAUCAUCUCUUCCCCAGCUGUAAGUAA